AUGGGUUACAUUGAAUUUUUAAAAACCACAAUAACUACAGUAUUUAAAAUAACACUUAUCUACCUAACUUGUGUGUUUAAAACAAUAAAAUUACUUGCUAUUUAUUUCAAAAGAAAAUUUUCUAAAAAAGAUUUUAAUUCCAAAGAAGUUAUUGGAAUUUUUCAUCCUUACUGCAAUGCUGGAGGCGGUGGUGAGCGAGUUUUAUGGGCUGUUGUCAAAGCUCUCCAAAAAGAAUAUCCUGAUGUACAUAUCGUGAUUUAUACCGGCGAUCUUGAAGUAGCGCCAGAAGAAAUGAUUAACCGUGUAAAAAGGACAUUCAACAUUAAAAUAAAUCCCGUUGAAUUUAUUUAUUUACAUAAGCGCAACUAUGUUGAAGCUGAGAUGUAUCCACAAUUUACUCUGCUAGCACAAAGUAUUGGAUCGUAUUUACUUGGAUUGGAAGCUUUCGAAGCGCUUCAACCAGACGUAAUAAUGGUUAACUCUUCAUGGACAGAAGACCACAUAAACGCAAUAUGGAAAUGUCCUUUAAAAACAUUCCGAGUGUACCCUCCUUGUGAUAUCGAACGCCUUGUAGAAUUGCCUCUUUUGGCAGAUGACCAAAAAGGCGAAGUGGUAAGGAUAGUCUCCGUCGCUCAAUUUAGACCGGAAAAAAAUCAUCCACUGAUGCUGAGGAUAAUGUACGAGCUGAGGUCUAUCGUCAAAGAAGAAGUUUGGGAAAAAGUGCGUCUGAUACUCGUUGGCUCUUGUCGGCAUGACGAAGACAAGAAACGAGUUAAAGACAUGGAAGAUCUUUCCAAGCAUUUGGCUGUUGACGAGAAUGUUGAAUUUAAACUUAAUUUGCCAUAUGAGGAAUUGGUAGAUGAAAUGCAGUUAGGUACUAUUGGGUUACAUACCAUGUGGAAUGAACAUUUUGGAAUUAGUGUCGUCGAGGGUAUGGCUGCUGGACUUAUCAUGGUUGCUCAUAAUUCUGGAGGCCCUAGAGCGGAUAUUAUUGAAACACAGCUCAGCAGCCAAACAGGAUUUUUAGCGACUGAUGCUGAAGAAUAUGCAGCAAUAAUUGCUAACAUAAUCGAAAUGGACCAAGAUACCAAAGACAUUAUAAGAAAUGCUGCCAGAGCUUCAGUGGAUAGAUUUUCUGGGCAACAGUUUGAAAAUGAAUUCAUCCGUAUCAUAAAACCACUUGUUCAUACCAAAUAAAAAAAUUCAUAUUUUAUAUUCAAUUAUAAAUUAUAAGAAAAAAAUAUU